GGUGACGGUUAUAUUCAGUGUACAGUAGAGAGAGGAGACAGGCUGCCAGCACAGCUGCGCGCGCGCUCUCGCUGUUAUACGGUGCCGCUCGGUGGUGUGCUACAGCGCAUGCUCAGAUCUCCAGCCUGUGCAGCUGCUGCUUUCUGCUUCCCUGAACGAUUAAAAUUUGAGCCUAAUGGAUAUAAAGGUGACUACGUCAUGGAGCGACCGCCUUCAGCAUUACGCAGACCUCCCAGCGAACAUGGACGGAUUGGCUAUGAAGAAAUACAGACGUGAGGCAUAUCAUAGAGUAUUUGUGAACAGAAGUUUGGCAAUGGAGAAGAUCAAAUGCUUUGGUUUUGACAUGGAUUACACUUUAGCAGUGUAUAAAUCUCCAGAAUACGAGUCCCUGGGUUUUGACCUGACUGUUGAGCGUCUGGUUUCUAUUGGCUACCCACAGGAACUGCUCAGCUUUGUCUACGACCCAUCCUUCCCCACCAGAGGUCUGGUGUUUGACACAUUGUACGGUAACCUCCUAAAGGUGGAUGCCUAUGGAAACAUCCUGGUGUGUGUCCAUGGCUUUAACUUCCUGCGUGGGCCUGACAUCCGAGAGCUCUACCCCAACAAAUUCAUCCAGCGUGAUGACACUGAACGCUUCUACAUCCUUAACACUCUCUUCAAUCUGCCAGAAACCUACCUCUACGCCUGCCUCGUUGACUUCUUCUCAAACUGCGACCGGUACUCAAGCUGUGAGACAGGCUUCAAAGACGGAGACCUCUUCAUGUCCUUCAAGAGCAUGUUCCAGGACGUGCGGGAUGCCGUUGACUGGGUCCACUUUAAGGGAACUCUGAAGGAAAAAACAGUGGAGAACCUGGAGAAAUAUGUGGUGAAAGAUCCUAAACUGCCUCUGCUGCUCAGUCGCAUGAACGAAGUUGGCAAAGUGUUCCUGGCCACCAACAGUGACUACAAAUACACAGAUAAAAUCAUGACCUACCUGUUUGAUUUCCCUUACGGCCCAAAGCAAGGCCUUCCGCAUCGCCCAUGGCAGUCUUACUUCGAUCUAAUUUUGGUGGAUGCACGGAAGCCACUGUUCUUUGGCGAGGGAACUGUACUGAGACAGGUCGAUACGACCACCGGGAGGCUCAAGAUCGGAACAUACACUGGCCCACUGCAGCACGGCAUAGUCUACUCUGGAGGUUCCUCAGACAUCGUGUGUGACCUGUUGGGUGCUAAAGGGAAGGACAUCCUCUACAUCGGGGACCACAUCUUUGGAGACAUUCUGAAAUCCAAAAAGCGCCAAGGUUGGAGGACGUUCCUGGUGAUCCCUGAACUUGCUCAGGAGCUGCACGUCUGGACCGACAAGAGCUCGCUGUUUGAAGAACUCCAGGGUCUGGACAUUUUCUUGGCAGAGCUGUACAAGCAUCUGGACAGCAGCAGCAACGAGAGACCGGACAUUAGUGCCAUCCAGAGGCGCGUGAAGAAAGUGACCCAUGACAUGGACAUGUGCUAUGGCAUGAUGGGUAGUCUGUUCCGCAGCGGCUCUCGCCAGACCCUGUUCGCCUCGCAGGUGAUGCGCUACGCCGACCUAUACGCUGCUUCUUUCAUCAACCUGCUGUACUACCCGUUCAGCUACCUGUUCAGAGCUGCACACGUACUGAUGCCACAUGAGUCAACAGUGGAGCACACGCACGUGGACACUGACACCGAGUCGCCAUUGGCUACACGCAACCGCCACUGUGUCGACUGCAAGGAAAUAGACUGCAAACGCAGCCAGCUCACACGCUCUCUGAGCGAGAUCAAACCCCCUAAACUGUUCCCCCAGGCUCCACAGGAGAUCACGCACUGCCACGACGAAGACGAUGACGAGGAGGAAGAGGAGGAGGAGGAGGAAUAGAUGACUCUCCUUCAGUCAGGCCUGACCUAUUCUUCAUUUCCCUAAGGGAAACGUUUAUCUUUAGUGAAGGGAACAAUAGUAGUGAGGGAUUUUAAGACAAAGAGGAAUUUUAGAGUUUAACUAUAUAGACUUUUUUAACCAUAUGAGAAUGUGUAGCAUGUGAGAGUCAAGCUCAAACGGUUUAUGUGUCAAAGUUUAGCUUGGCUAAAGAUCCCCUGAAAUGUUUCUGUUGAUCCGUUUGCAGUUUUUUUUUUUGAGUUUUACAGUUAACAACGUAUUUAGAAGGAAAACAGCAAAGCACAUUUAAUUUACGGUAAGCUAUAUAAACUCAAGCUGAUUUAGGACAAGUAUUCUAAUGAGUUUACAGUAUUUUUGGAGAUGCACAACUAUUUUUGAAGGUCAGUCAUAUGAAAAAUUAUCACACAAGCAGCUAUGCUUCAUAUUAGAUCAAUUCCAGCCUGUUAUUUAUUAAUUGUCUAGACAUCUAGCUAUCUAACUUGAUACACAUUAUGCAUCAUAUUGUAAGUUGGUUGGAAAUGCAUGAUGUUCAAAUAGCAGUUAUUUUGAACUUACUGACAGUACAUAGUCAGCAAAAUAACCCCACUGGGUUCCAGCUGUUUCUGGGCUCAUGUUUUAAUUUUUUCAAAUCUGUUUUUAACACAAGCCUUUGUUUCAUUUGAACAUCAUUUUCUUGUACAUCAGUUUUUGGCUUAAUGCUGCCUCAUACAGGACUUGAGGGGAAGUGCAUAGCACGUGUGUUGGCAUGAUAUGCCUCUUUAUUAGAGAGCUGUUCAUGAUAGGAAUGUAAAUGAAGUCCGGAGGGGGGCUGCAGCGCACCAUGACGGCCAAAGUGACGGCUACGAGAGAAUGCCACUAACACAAGCGCCCCUGUUACUUGGCAACUGCUGUGCCAGGCGAACCACAUAUGGCUAGUUAGGUUUUUUUUUUUUUUUAAUGGCAGUGAUGUUAACUGCCAAGUAUAGUGCUAUGCAGCAAAUCAAGCUGUCAACAAAGGCACCUUUUCUCAUUCACACACAUACAAACACACACUACAAAGUAUCGACAUAUUUUUAUACUCAACAUCUCCGUUUGUGGGGAUAAACUACCAAAAUGUUAAUCUUUCCAGUGCCAUACUGCUAACACAGUCAUUUCUGGCCAUACCAUUUGCCAUGCUGUGCAUAUAAGUGACCUUGAUAUGCAAAAAACUCUUGUAAAUAGUGUACUUUAUAGCUGGUGUGAGUAGAGAAUUUAGAGAAUUGAAAUAUAUGUGGCUAUAUAAAACAUAUAAGCAUCGGAUUUAGUGUGCAUUGAGUUCAGCAGAUUUUGCAGUUAGAGUAGUUCAGAUUAGCGUACGAUAUCACUGGAGAGUUUACUCCUGUGAGGACCAAUAGCGUUAAGAGCACUCUGACCAGUGAUCUUUCCAACUCAGCAAGGUCCCUAUAGCAGAGGUGCCAACAUCUAUGGUUAAGCUGGAGCAUUUACUCUUUUUGACCCUUUGCCAAGGUGAUAUGGGAGACACGUAAAAGCUAAUCUAUUGUGCUUUUUCAGCUAAAGCAGCAGUCAGAACAGUCAUGAAUAAAAUUUGCCCGACAGGAAAGGGAAAGACGUGAAAGACAUUUAUGGUAGCGGUUACUUGUGUUUUGCGCCAAUUUUAUCUUGGUGUACUUUGAGCAGUGAAUUUACAAGCCUCUCUCUUAUCAGCCAACAGAAAACCGGUAGGCAGAACUGCCUACUUUGGUCGGUAAAAAAACAUGGAGGAGCUGCUUAUUUAUUCCUGCUGCUUGGCGCACAUCUGAAAACAGUAGCCUUCUCGUCCACCAACAUGCACGAGGCCAGGGGUGUUCAACUAAAAUUUGUAAAGGUCCAGUCUGUAAAGAUCCAGCUGAAUAAGCGACUAACUUGACUGAAUGGCGAUAACCGUUAAACAUUCAUAAUUAGUUUAUAAAUAAAACAAACCAAAGUGGUUAUAUUCUGUUUCGCACUGGUGCUCCACGUUACCACUUUUGACUAAAGCCACGGACUCUGAACAGAUGAGACAUCUGUUUGGAAUAAACACAUACUUCUCUGUCCAAUCAUCUUUGUCAGCUUUUUUUUUUUUUAAAAAAAAAAAACAACCCAUGUUGUCAGUUUGCUAAACAGAUUAGAGAAGGUAAAUAAAAUGAAAACUCUGUGAAAGUUGUGAGACCUAAUGUCUCUAAUGUCUUCUAGAUUCAUUAAACUAUAGCUAGGUUUUAAUUUGUACAUUGAUCUGCUUAGUGACACGAUUUUCCGAAGAACUUGGUUAAAUACAUUGCUGGGUGUGUAUCUGGACCCCAGUCCACCAGUUGACAGCCCCUGGUCUGGGGUUUUGUGGUAAAUUUCUGUUUUUUUUUUCCCUCUCUACCUACUAGAACUCGUAGCGAUGUUGGUGCCUUUGCUAUAGACUUAAACUGGAAGUGAUAGAUACAGUAGAUUUGUAGAUUUUGUUUCUUAAAGGAAUGAAUAUUAUAUUUGAUAGAAGGAAAAUGAUUAAAUUACUGAACAGGUCUGUGAACAGUGAGAGUAUAACUGUCUCUGACAGGAGUAGUUAGACCAAAAAAAAAGACAUAAGAUGACAGCCCUCGAUUAGCAUUAUAGAGCUAAUUAGGGCCUACUAACCUUCAGCCAUGUUUGUAUUUUGGUCAAACGGUUUCCUUUACAAAACGUUUUUAACACGUAAAUGACACAGAUACAAACAAGCUGUUUAACACUUGAUAAAAUAAAGCUACAUUUUAUUCAGCACAAGAUACAUUACUAUAUGUACAGUCUAUUGUUACUGUAUAUCCUUAUUUUUUAGAAAAAAUAGUUUGUCAUAAGGGAGAAAGAGUCAGAAGGGAAAGAGAAGCAGGCAUUAUUUUAUAAAGAUAAGGCCUCGGCACAUUUUGUUAGAAUGUUUCAGGCAAACUGUAUUUCAUAUGCAGAUUAUUUAUACUGUCACAUUAAAUGGUUUUAAACUGGAAAUGUAAUCCAAGGCAGCUCAUUUCGAAGUGAACUGUCAGAACUGUUCAGCUGCAUUGGAUCUUAAAGCAGUCAUACAUUACUGCUGAAAGUAAAGUGUUGCACAAAACGGUCACUAUCCCAAGAAAACCUUGUAGCAUUUGCGCCAGAACACUGUUAACCCUAUUCUGAUGAUGUUGAAAACAGUAUUUUGUGCUGUAUAUCACUGUGUAUCAUUCUGUGAACAAUGUUACAACAGAUUUGUUUCAGGCUUUGUACAGUGUAAACGUAUAGACCCACUGAGGUGACAUGCUGGUUAUUUUUUUACUAAGGUGCGACCCUUAGAUUGAGCGAAUAGACUUUUUUUUUUUUUUUUUUAACCCAUUUCUGCUAAAUAAUGAACUAGAGGUUAUGUAGUAAGUUUGACAUUUCAACAACAUACCAGCAUAAUAGUUUGAAAUACUAACUUGUGGCCUCAAUACAUUAUGCCGUGGCCACACCCUAUUAAAAAUAACCAGAGUGUCACCUCAGAUGUUCCAUAUAGAAGUGGUCAUAUAUUUUUUUUCCCACUUUCAGACGGAAAAUAUGAAGAGCUUAUGUGUAUUUAAAAAUGGCACAGUAUCCAUGCGUGCCUUUAUACCAAUGUUGCGGACUGUUUCUUGUGCAUUGUUUACAGUUAUGUAUAAAGUGAUAAUACAUACUGUACCUUUGAGUUGUUUUUUUUUUUCCAUGCUGAUUACAGAAACCUGCAUUUUUAUUCUUCAGAGGAUUUUGCAAGUGCAGGAACUGUCCUGUAUGCAUAGAUAACUACCACUAGAAUGCUCCAUGUCAUUUUUACAAUGUAGAGUAGAAAUGUACACAAAACAAAAGUUGACAAAUUCAGUACUGCUUAAAGUACAACAUGAGGAAAAAGUUUGCCAUGUUAUGAUUCCUUGUGUUCAUUUCCCACAAUCACAGAAUGUGCUUGUAUGUCCCUUUUGUUCAGAUAUUGUUCAGCUUCUACAUUUGGGGAGGCUGCACUGAAAUGUGAAAUAAAGAUCAUUUAUACUUUA